CGGAUGUGUGCGGGGUUGCUGUUUACUCAUUGACGCUUCUCCAGGCAGCUCGCUCCGUUUUGUGAUCAUGGCUGCACCGGACCUCACCAGCCAUGUUUGCUAAUUUAAAACCCAAAGGUUAGGGGAAUAGUUGUUUAUUAUUUAUCGCUGUGUCAUCUUCACCCGCAUAUCCGUUAAGACGAAGGUUUAGAGUCAUCCGCGCCUUCGGAACCCACGGACUUAAAAGAUGGAUUCAAAUAAUCAUUUCAACUAUGGCAACCACCCCUCACCAAACUCAGGACUGAAACUCUCCUCAGGGGAAUCUCUUUACACAAACGGGUCCUCCGUGAGUUUCCCUCAGCAGAAGAAUCUGAAUGGCGAAAUGAAUGUGAAUGGCAUCACUACUGUACUUGGGUCGAGCGUGCCUGCUUCCCACCCACCAUCGGCUCCAUACCCACACGUGAGCAGCCGCCAACAGAGCAGUGUGGGAUACGACUACUUGUGGGGAGGGCACCCUCAGUACGGUCCCAGCGUGGGCCCGUCCCCAGGGCACGGGAUGCAUCAGAAACAGACCACACCUGCGAUGGCACAGCCACAGUCACACCACUUCCAAGGUCAAGGACAGUACCAGCUGAACGGGGUCAUUGAAAGCCCCCAUCAGCCCCCCGUUGCAGGCCCAGCCAACGUUCCUCUAACAGGGAGCCAGUACUGGAACAAGGGUAACUCUGGUCUGCAGCAGGUGAGCUAUGAUUCACGUGGCAUGUUCGGGCCCUACCAGAGUCAAACGCUUCCCGGCAUCACACCAUCGCAGCAUCAGCAGCAGCAGUCCCUCCAACAAGCUGCUCAUCAGCCGUCACAGCAGCACCUCCACUCCCACCGUCAACAUCACCACCAGCAGCUGCAGCAGUACAGCCUGAUGCCAAAUGGGAUGCCCUUCUAUCAGCAUCAGCACCCAUCUCCCCAGCAUCAGCAGCAGCAGCCUCAGGGUCACGCUCAGAUGAUGCCGCCCACUGCCCAGAAUGCGACUCCUCCACACAGUAGCCCACAGCACCACGGCAUAGGCAGAGGAAGCUCCAGCAGUCCUCUGCCCGUGGGGGCGUCACCAACACCUAUUAAAUCCCCCUCCCUGCAGGAGACUGGAUCGCCCAAAAGUCACAGCAGGGAACGGAGUCCCCAUCCCACCAGUGUGGGCCUCUCUUCUCCAGUACAUGGGCAUUCGAGGGAAUCCGUCCAGGAGAUUGACCUGAGCUACAACAGCAGUGAAAGGGCACCUGUUGCACAGAGGUCCCCAAAAGCUGAACGUUACCAACCCAAACCUUCGUCUGCUCAUGUGAGUCCUCAGAGGGAUUUUUGUUAUUACUCCGAUCAGCCUGGAGCGACCUCCCCAGCCAGAGAUCCAGUCGUCCUCUCACAUUCCCAGUGUGUGUCAUCACCACGCUCUGCAUCAGGGUCCUCGGCGUUUCAAACAAAAGCCUCGUCACCACCAGAGGUCUCCGUUUUCUCUGGAUCGCCAACAUCUUCUCCUGGACCUCAAAAGCUUUCGCUGUUUGACGUUGAGUCCUCUCCUCCACAAAUGACAACACCUCCUAAAAAGUCCAUGGCUCCAUCUGUCGUCACUUCUUCCAGACUUUCUUCUCCUCCGUCAGCAGUUCAAUGCCGCAGGCCCUCUACCUCGUUUGCAUCUGCAGGCUUCAAGCAUGCACCAGAAGAUGCCUCUUCCUCUCUUCUUGCGUCAUCUUCAAAGCUGUCCACACCUCCCACUUUGACUGAAAGCAUAUCUAGAAUCACAAAAGAUUUCUUGGAUCCUCCAGUUUUACCUCCGUCAGAGUCUUUAGUUCAUCCAGCAAAGCCAGCACUGGCCCUUACAGAUCCUGGACCUUCUACAACCGUUUGCCCUCCUGCCUUAGUCUCCAUCCCUUCUUAUUCUGCUCCCAAAACAACUCUGAAGACACAGGUGGCUCAUGGGUCCAAGUUGCCUCUGACACCCGGCUUUACUGACGCACCUGAAGGUCACUAUGAAAAACCAGCUCCUCCGAGGUCAAUGCCAGUAAAGACCAGUAAAAGCUCCACAUCUCCUGGUGCGACUCACUCUCAGGUGUCAACAUCUGGACCAACCUCAACAUUACCUAGUCUUUGUUUAUCAGCAUCUGCACCUUCAUCUCAGACUCCUUCAGUCGUCAGUGGAGUUUGUGAGCCUUCACCAAUGCUCCGGUGUCAGACGUACACUCCUCUUGCUGCAGCAUCAGCACCUCCAGGGUUGGUAAGCCCCGCCCCUCGUUUGACCCAGCACAGCCUCACAGUCCGACCUCUGCUUAUGCCGCCUCCUGGAACCACUCAAGCCACCAAGACUGCACCCAUUUCCUCCCCUCCUGCCUUGGUGCCGGCACCGCGAGUAAUUGUUGCAUCUUCUAGAGCUGUCCAAGACUUCAAGCAGCCUCCACCGGUCCCCGCCACUCCUCCUGCUCAGGUGCAGUCAGAGCAUCGUGUUGUCCGUGAGGACAGCAAAGCUGUGGCUCAGCUUGAUUCAAGCACAGGAAGAGCAUCCCAGGUGGAACUCUCUGAGACCAAGAAAACAGAAACCCACUCACGCAAAUCCCUCAUUGCUCUCCCUGAAAAUUACUCACAAACCUUCGACCCAAACAUCCAGAAACCCGAUUCUGAGAAGCAACUCAUGAAGAUCUGUGUCGUCUCAGAGGCCGAAGACUUCGCAGAGUCCGCUGCCGUCAGAAAGUCCCCACAACCUAAAAGCACAAGGCCACAUUUGAGCGAUGAACAAAGCUUUGAUACGUCUUCUCACACUGUCUCUUAUUUUGGUGAUGACUCGGCAUGCAGCACCCCCUCUAGACUCCACGUCAGCUCGGUCACGGGUGGGGACGGCUCAUUCCUACGCGACUCCACUCAGUUUUACAGCUCAUCCUGCAACAGCUCGUUCCCUGUGGAGGACUCCAGAGAGGACACGGUGGACUUGACCAGGGAAGGAGAACCGUCUGAGGCGGACACGACCCAAAACGCAGAUCGGCAGGAGAACGGCUCUCAGGUCCAGGAGCCUUCCGUCGACCCUAGUGAUGUGUCCAACUCACACUCGUUUGUGUCAUCUCAUCCAGUUCAUCAAGGUUCUGAAGCAGAGUGGGAGCCCAGAGGGUACGAUGCUCCAGACUCCGCUAGACACUUCGUUAUUAAGCCCCCUGCUAAUGACGCAACACCUCCGAGUUUCAGGAUCAAACACCAGAACUUCAUGGCCUUCAGUACCCCAGCUGAAGACCACAGUGUGCACCCACUCCAACCGGUUACCGACCAGACGCCAGGGAAACCACGCAGACCUCGAGCUCCAAAGAUCGUUCUGAUUAAAACUACAGCUUCAGAGGAGGGCCACCGGAGGUCUCGAGGUCAAAGGCCAAAAGUGGUGAAGAUAAAGCUGGGCGAAGAGGGAGGGGCUAAAGAGGAAGGAGCAAGGGGCAGAAAGAGGAAGAAGUCGUUCAAGGUUGAGGAUCAAGAAACAUCUGGACUGUCAGAAGGGACUUCUCUGAUGCAGGAGGUUGAUCCGAUAACGGCAGCGAUCGAAGCUGUGCUGGCCAACGCUUCCACCAUCAGCACGGCUGGUGGGAAACCCAAGAAGAUGAAAAGGGUGAAAAAACAAGUCCACGAGGGAAACGAGAGCACGCAGAAACAAGACGCUGAAACCACCGCGGAUGAUGUGGACGACAACGAUGAGGACAGCUCCACUGCAGGAGAAUCAAACAGAAGAAGGGUUGCAACCGAAGAGCAGGUCCAGUUCCCUCUGAUGCACGGCUGGAGGAGGGAGAUUCGUGUGAAGAAAACCGAGAACCGCAUGAAGGGGGAAACCUGGUACUACACUCCAUGUGGGAGGAGGAUGAAGCAGUUUCCUGAAAUCAUCAAGUACCUGAAGAAACACUCGGACAGCGUGGUCACCAGAGAACACUUCAGCUUCAGUCCACGGAUGCCUGUUGGAGACUUCUACGAAGAAAGAGAAACACCAGAGGGUAUGAAGUGGUUUCUUCUGGCUAACGAGGAAGUCCCCUCCAUGAUCAUGGCCAUCACUGGUCGGCGAGGUCGACCUCCGAACCCCGAUAAAGAAAAGCCCUGCAGGGUUCGAGGCCAGAGGAGGGGCCAGACCCGCCGCCCUGGUAGACCUCCUAAGUUUGAGAUGGUUGAUCUCCUCAGCAAAGUUGAUGCUAAGCUGCUGAAGCGCCUCCAGACUAAGGAAACUCUUACGGAGGAGGAAAAGGAGAAACUGUCAAAAAUCAAAAAGAAAAUGAAAAGAAAGGCAAGGAUGAAGAGAAGGGAGGAUUUAAAGAUUAAGAAGAUGAAUGAGGAGAAAAAGAAAGCGAAGCUCGUAGAAGAUGUGAAACUCCUGGAGGUGAAGGCGGAGUCAACAGACCCCGCAGCCCCACAGCUCACAGAUUCAGAUUUCAUUGCCGAGCCGAAAAAGCCUGGCCGCAGGAGGUCGCUGAAGGGUGAAGCCACCUCGCCCGUCCAGCAGACUGCAGCAGAGACGGUGCCCCAGGGUGUCCGGGUGGCAAGUGCUCGUAGUAAAGCCAAGGCCCUGGCUAGGGCGCAGGCAGAGGCGGAGGCGGCGGCUCAGGCCGCUCUGGCAGCCAAGAGGGCAGCAGAGCGGAGGGCACUGGCCCAGAAGCGCCUGGAGGAGAGGAAGAGGCAGCAGCUGAUUGCAGAGGAGCUGAAGAAGCCCACAGAGGACAUGUGUCUCACAGACCACAAACUGCUGCCGGAGCUGUCUCGGAUUCCAGGGCUGGUUCUUUCUGGAACCGCGUUUGCCCACUGCCUGGCCGUGGUCGAGUUCCUACAUGGGUACGGGAAGGUGAUCGGUCUGGAUGUACCCAAGGAUAUCCCCAGCCUCGCCACCCUGCAGGAAGGCCUGCUGGGCCUGGGAGACAGCCAAGGAAAGGUCCAGGACCUCCUCAUCAAACUGGUGGAGGCUGCACUGCACGAUCCAGGCCUUCCAUCUUAUUAUCAGUCGGUGAAGAUUCUUGGAGAGAAGCUGGUGGACUUGGGGCUGACCCGCAGCACGGUCUCAGAGGCACUGCGCAUCUAUUUGGAGUCUCAUGGUUAUGAGACGGAGGUCUGUAACUCUCUGAGGACCAAAACCUUUCAUGCGCUGCCUCCUGACACCAAGGCAGCCAUCUUGGGUUUCCUGGCGGAGGAGCUAAACAGCAGCAACAUCGUGACCAGUGACAUUGACAACACGCUGGAAAACAUGACAACCUACAGGAAGAACAAGUGGAUCAUUGAGGGAAAACUGCGCAAACUGAAGGUGGCGCUAGCUCGUCGGACAGGACGCUCCGAAGAGGAGUUGUGUUUCGAGGAGAGGAGGCGCAGUGCCAGAGUAGCCGAGGAGGAGAACCUCAGUCUGGAGGAGGGGGGUCUGACUCUGGAGAGAGGGAGUCGGCGCGCCCGCAAAGAGGAACCCAAACUUAGCGAUAAUGAGAGUCCGGCCAACGCGAGCAUUCCAGAGCUGGAAAGGCAGAUCGAUAAGCUAACUAAGCGCCAAGCGUUUUUCCGUAAGAAGCUGCUACAGUCGUCUCAUUCCAUGCGCUCCAUAAUGCUUGGUCAGGACCGUUACCGCCGCAGAUACCUGGCUCUGCCUCACCUCGGAGGCAUUCUGGUUGAGGGACCAGAAGAGCUGCUCACGUCAGGGGACGUCCUUGUCGCUGAGGUGCCCGUCGCCUUCCUCAAAAAGGAGCCCAAAGUUGAGGAGACUCCCACGCCAACCACUCCUCCUCCUCCUCCUCCUCCCCCCUCCGAGUCUUCUGCCACUCCAGGCCCAGCCCAGUUCUCCCUCCCAGAGGAGGACCCCCUUCCUGGCACCGCGUCCCUCAUGAGCACACAGCGAGGCCGCGGGCGCCCUCGGAAGAUCAAACCUGAAGUUGAGCUUCACCUCCGCACUGCGAAGAUUCGCCGCCGCCGCAGAAGUAGCAUCAGGUCUGUAGGAGAGGAAGGGCCAGGGUCGCCAAACGGCUGCUUGUUGGACCUCACGCAAGCAGCUUUCAAGAGCUGGCUCAGCCAAUCGCAGGAGGCAGUGACCAACGGCACAUGCUCCGCAGAAGCGGACGGUCCGACGGAGAAUCUUCCGGAGGAAACCGUCAAAGAGAAGGCCGAGAAACAAGGACAGUGGUUCAACCUGCUCCCCAAACAGCCGUGUGAUGAAAACUCUUUGAGCGAGCCCCAGGCCGCCUCCACGCCCAGCUCUCCCCCUAAACUCCUGCCUCAGACACCGAGUGCUCUGCCAGCACUUGCUGCUCCUCUGACGCAGCCGGAGCCUCUCUUGCCGAGCCUGGACCCAGCUGACGCGGCACCACCUGACAUCACCCACACAGGUGCAGCGUUCGACUAUGCUCCUCCACCAGCUCCUGUAGCCCCUCCCCCUGCCGCUCCGACCACACCCGCCAGGCCCACACGCAGGCGACGGAGAGGCAGCAGAGGGAGCAGCCCGGCUCGGAGAGGAGCCCGAGGAACCGCAGCCAAACGCAGAGGCCGUCCAGCCAACUCUGCCUUCCAGGAACUGGAGCAGCAGUUCUUCACGCAGCUGGUGGUCAAACCCAUUCCUGCAUCAAUGACCCGAGGCUGGUGGUGGAUCAAGGACCCAGAGGAGCUGUACAGCACUUUACAGUCCCUCCACCCCAGAGGCGUCCGAGAGAAGGUGCUCCAUAAACAUUUAGCCAAACACAUGGAGAGCUUAGCUGAGAUCUGCACCAAACCCAUCAGUGAUCCGCUGUUUGAGGUGAAGCCAGAGAAGAAAGAAGUGCUGCUGGAGGCCCUGCAGCAGCCCUGGCAGGUGCAGGAGAAGGCAGUGGAGAUGGAUGUCAGCGCCCUCCAGUGGGUGGAGGAUCUGGAGCAGCGGGUCGUUGCUGCUGAUUUACAUCUAAAGGCGCCUCCUCAGGGAGCCAUAAACGAGACUGACACCAACACAGAAACACCAAUGGCUGAAUUUCAGCCCUACACAAUCCCAGACCCAGACUCCACCCGUGAUGACCUUCAGUACUACGAACACGACGUUGACCCGCGGGACGACUGGAUCGUUCGAACCAAGAAGGAAUGGUCCGGGUUGCCACGGAUCGCCACGCACCCUCUGGACCUGGCCGUGCUGCGGCUAGCCAACCUGGAGAGGAACAUUGAGAGGCGCUACCUGAAGGAGCCUCUCUGGAACCCGGCAGAAGUGAUGCGCCUCGCUCCCCUCACCCCAACACCUGGAGAGGAGCAUCCAAUGGAUGUCAUCAGUCUGGAGAGUGAAAUCACCUCUCGGCUACGAACGUGGCGUCAGGCUUUGGAUCGCUGCCGAAGUGCUCCGCAGAUUUGUCUUUGUUUACUCCAGCUGGAAAAGGCCAUUGCUUGGGAGAGAUCUGUUACUAAAGUGACUUGCCAGGUUUGCAGAAAGGGCGAUGACGACGAGCACCUGCUGCUGUGUGACAGCUGCGAUCGGGGUUGCCACAUGUACUGCCUGAAGCCAAAGAUCACCCAGGUGCCAGAGGGAGACUGGUUCUGUCCAGCCUGUGUUGCUAAGGAUGAAGGAGAUUUGCAGCGCUCGUGCAAAAAGCGCAGCAGAACGAAGAAAAGAAGGUAUGAAGAUGACAGCUCUGAGGAUGAGGCGACGCGGCGACGCAGUGGUGGCAUGGCAACACGACACAAGGAGACCGCCACGCCUCCGUCAUCCUCCCGUUCCUCUGGAGAAGGAGGCGGCACGAAACGGCGCCGCAUGACGACACGCAACCAACCAGACCUCACCUUCUGCGAGAUCAUUCUGAUGGAGAUGGAGGCUCACGCAGACGCCUGGCCGUUCCUGGAGCCCGUCAACCCUCGACUGGUGCCGGGCUACCGCCGCAUCAUCAAGAACCCCAUGGACUUCCUCACCAUGAGAGAGAAGCUGCUACAGGGAGUCUACUGCAGCUGUGACGAGUUCUCUGCCGACGCCCAGCUGGUCUUCAACAACUGUGAGCUGUUCAACGAGGACACGUCGGAGGUGGGGACAGCAGGACACUCCAUGAGACGCUUCUUUGAGAGCCGCUGGGCGGAGUUCUACUCAAACAAGGACAAAUAGACUCUAUCGCCCUGACGGUGGCGCUGUAGGACUGCUGGUGCUGCCGCCGCCUCGCCCCCACAUGCCUGGAGGCGGUGUGAUCUCAUGUAUAGGUAUAUAUGUAUAGAUUGCUGGCUCUUGUCUGUUAUUGUUUCCUCUACAGGUUGAAUCUUUUUUCUAAAGGGCCACCGCUCCGUGGCUCAUACUCUCGCUCAUUCCCCACUCACACACUGAGAACAUGUCCAUCGUCACCUUCAAACCUCGUGUCUCCUCAGCGUUAAUACGCACCUGAUUUCCUGUUUGCAUCCUGCUGUCACGUCAUAGCGAGGCUUUUGGUCAGGCCCCGUUGCCGGGCCGACGGUGUGGCCCCAGGGUCGGGGGUACCUUCCCUCUCACUCUGAAGAUCAGGUACCGAUCACAUCACUGCAGCCGGGACCUGCUCAGCACCACCAAACGGACCCAAACUCAACAAACUACUCAUUUCUUAUCCGUUCACUGGAGAUGUAAUGUAACGUGGUCUUAUGCCUAGAAGUAAUUUUUUGACUCAGUAUAUUUUUAUUAAAUAUUCUAUAUAAAUCUAUAUAAAGACUACAAUAGCUGGGAUUAUUUAAUAGCAAUAGCUUGUAGUGAAUGUGUACAGAUGACCUAGAGGUGUGUUAGACAUUUUACGAAAAGGCCAGUCAAACCUAAAGGAUCCUGUUGUCAGACAAGUAGUAUAACCUCCACUUAAACUCCUGCAUGCUGACACCGUUUACACCAGAGCACACACACACACACACACACACACGCGCGUUUCUACCUUCUGCUGCUGUGUGAAGGACACCGGUUUCAGAAGCUGAAGGGUUUUAGUUGGUAAACUCGUAGAUUUCACUGUCCCGCCUGUGAAUGAGAACCAAAACGGCUCCUCUGUAAAUACUCUGAUUGGAUGAAUACACUGCAGGUCUUCUGAACGCGUGUCAGACAUGACGGUGUGCUGCUCCCAGGCUGCAUUCAAACAAGGGAUUAAAUGAAAGCUGUAUUUAAUGGUCGCCUGACCUGAUGGAAGCCUCUACGGUAGACUAAAAUCCUCUCGCUUUUGGACUCUUGUUGCAGAAGAGCUGAUGAUGAAGUACCGGGCACAUUUCUGCCUCGUUUCCUGUCUUACAUUCCUUCUGAUUGAUUUCUGUGCUGUUGAAAGGGCCAACGUGUGAUGCUGCGCGACACGGUCGGUGUGCUCUGAAGGUGACAGGACAAGCUCCACAGUCUGGCUUUUAUUUAAACUUCUUACACUGAGCAUGUUUCUUUUUUUUUCCCAGAAAAAGAAAGAAAAUAAGACAUGACAACCAAAUGUGGUGUUAAGUGAAUUUUUAAUAAUGUACAGUUUUUGUGACUUUAAAUUUGAUCCUUUAUAUUUUUAGGACCAGUUCAUCAUUUUUAAGAGGAGGUAUUACAAGACUCUGUUGUAUUCAGGUGAUGUAACACGUGUGCAUCUGUAGAAUGUACUGUGAGUUGAAUAAAAACACAUCUUGUAGAGAG